AUGUUCGAAUCAACUGGUUCCAUGACUUCAAUAACUAAAGACGCCCAGUUUGAAGUUUGCCAAUUUGAAGAUAGAAUAAUAGAGGUCGUUGAUGCUCCAGGAACUAAUGAAACGGGUGUUGAGGAAACGAAAGCAAUAGAUUUAGUUGUAAAUGCAAUAGUUAAAGCUUUAGAAAUAAAUCCUGAGGGAUUUCAUGCAUUUUUGCUUGUUCUUAGGUAUGGCCUCCGUCACACAAAUGAGGAGGAGAAAGCGAUUAAUAUUUUAAAAGGAAUAUUAGGGCAAUCAUUUCUUAAAACAUAUGGCAUCGUUAUAAUGUGCGGUGGAGAUGAUUUUCUACAUGAUCAUUGCGAUAAAAAAGUUUCAUGUAAAGAUUAUUGCUCAGGACAAGUAGGAUCAUUUAAAACGCUUUUGGAAGAAUGCAAUGGUAGAAUAAUUUUAUUCAAUAAUAGAGCAACAGAUGAAGCUGUAAAAUACCAACAAGUGAAAGAUUUGGUUACAAUGGUGGAUCAACUUCCAUCUAAAGGUGAAAGAUACACAAAUGAACAUUUUAAAAAAGCUGAAAAAGAACGUAAUCUAUUGUAUGUAACUGCCAGUGUCCCAAUGAUUGAAAAAGAAACACUAGUGCAACAUAAAAUAAUCCUUUACAGAAUAAAUCUUAUUCAAAGUGAACCUGGUGAACAAAAGAAAAUUGACUCGUUUAAGCAGCUUUUGUCUCACAUUGAAAACUUAAUUCAAGAAAUAGAAACUAAGGAUAAAGGAACGGGUGCUUUAAAAUUUAUAUGGGAAAAUGUGCAAAACAGUAAAACAGCCGUUAAUGAUCUGAUUGUUUCGUGUCAAGAUGUGAUUCGAGAGAGGGAACAGAUUAAAACAACUGAGGAAAAAUUUAACUAA